AUGGCUAGAAAAGGUACCAGAAAGAAGAAAGAUCCAAACGCUCCAAAGAGAUCGUUGUCUGCUUACAUGUUUUUUGCUAAUGAGCAGAGAGACAUUGUUAGAGCAGAGAACCCCGGUAUUGCCUUUGGUCAAAUCGGUAAAAUAUUGGGAGAGAAGUGGAAGGCUCUCGAUAUUAAGAACAGAGGCCCUUAUGAGGCCAAAGCUCUUACUGACAAGAAGAGAUACGAAUUGGAGAAGGCUGAAUAUCUCAAGACCAAGGCUGCUGCUGCUGCUGCUGCUGCCGAGUAA